CAUCAGUCAUCAACCUUCUCGUUACAGUACUGCUACUACUAAAUUAGGAUUGGUACUAUUAAGCUUUUCGGUUUAAAUCGACUUGGGUUAUACUGCACUUGUGCUAGUAGUUUUCCGUUGCAAUGGCAGGCUUAAAGAGGAAAAGAGGCCGAAAACCCAAAAAUUCCAUUGCUCAGAACGCCAACACCACUACUUCCACCGCCGCCGUGUACGACGGCGGAAUACCUCCAAACCCUACUUCCGAAGCAACCAGCCAAGAACCUCCUACCCUACGCCGGGGCCGCGGCCGCGGCCGUCCCAAGAAACAAGUUGAGGACCCCAAGAACGAUGGUGGAGCAUCACCGGAGAGACGGGGCUCGAGGUUGCCUGAUCAUGCUCACAUCAAUGGCGGCGGAGGGGAAGGGGAGUUUCUGGCUUUCGCGGCUGCUCCCACCGGCGACCCCAGGCAUGCGGCGGAGGUGGCCCACUCGGCGGCUAAGGCCGUGCCGUCGAUGGACGCUGUGGUGAAGGUCUUCUGCGUGCACACUGAGCCGAAUUUCUCGCUGCCAUGGCAGAGGAAGCGGCAGUACAGCUCCAGCAGCAGUGGGUUCAUCAUUGGAGGCCGGAGAGUCCUCACCAAUGCUCACUCUGUGGAGCAUCACACUCAAGUCAAGCUUAAGAAACGCGGUUCUGAUACUAAAUACUUGGCUACCGUCCUUGCUAUUGGCAACGAAUGCGACAUCGCUAUGCUGACUGUGAGCGAUGAUGAAUUCUGGGAAGGAGUUACACCAGUUGAAUUUGGAGAUUUACCUGCAUUGCAAGAUGCUGUGACUGUUGUCGGUUACCCUAUAGGGGGCGAUACAAUCUCAGUGACAAGUGGAGUUGUUUCGCGCUUGGAAAUUCUUUCUUACGUUCAUGGGUCUACUGAGCUUCUUGGACUGCAGAUUGAUGCUGCCAUAAACUCUGGUAAUUCAGGUGGCCCUGCCUUUAGUGAUAAGGGCAAAUGCGUGGGUAUUGCAUUUCAGUCUCUCAAAUAUGAGGAUGUCGAGAAUAUUGGUUACGUGAUACCAACACCAGUAAUCAUGCAUUUCAUUCAAGAUUACCAAAAGAAUGGGGCAUAUACAGGAUUUCCUGUGCUUGGGGUUGAGUGGCAGAAGAUGGAAAAUCCUGAUCUGCGCAUGGCAAUGGGCAUGACAUCUAACCAAAAGGGUGUACGCAUACGAAGAAUUGAGCCCACUGCUCCAGAAUCUCAUGUUUUGAAGCCUUCUGAUGUCAUUAUCAGCUUUGAUGGGGUGAAUAUUGCAAAUGAUGGAACAGUUCCUUUUAGGCAUGGAGAGCGCAUUGGUUUUAGUUAUCUUGUCUCGCAAAAAUACACCGGAGAUAGUGCUGCAGUCAAAGUGCUCAGGAACUCUGUGAUGUUCGAGUUCAGUAUAAAGCUGGCAACUCAUAAAAGGCUUAUUCCAGCCCACAUAAGGGAGAAACCACCUUCUUAUUACAUUGUUGGUGGAUUUGUCUUUACAGCUGUUUCUGUCCCAUAUUUACGUUCAGAGUAUGGUAAAGAAUACGAAUUUGAAGCUCCUGUUAAAUUGUUGGACAAACAUCUGCAUGGUAUGGCACAGUCAGUUGACGAACAAGUUGUUCUUGUUUCUCAGGUGCUUGUCGCUGAUAUCAACAUUGGUUAUGAGGAAAUAGUCAACACACAGGUUAUGGCUUUCAACGGAAAACCCGUCAAAAACCUGAAAAUCUUGGCUGCGAUGGUGGAAGCCUGUGAUGAAGAAUUUUUGAAGUUCGAUCUUGAAUAUGACCAGAUUGUGGUUCUCCAGACUAAAUCUGCAAAAGCAGCAACAGCUGACAUUCUAGCGAUGCAUUGUAUACCUUCGCCGAUGUCUGAUGAUCUCAAGACAUGAAAGCAGGUUGCAGAUAUCGAUUGUUUCUUUUGGUUACUUGUAUCACAAGAAGAUGCUUCCCUACUCCGCGCAUCUGAUGAUCGUGUGACAACAUGAUGUUUGAUUGAGGUUUUCCGUAUUACAGCUUAAUUCAUCUUGCAUCAGAAUGUAGGGAAGUACAGUUUUGUAGAUCAUUUAGUUCUAUUCAGGGGUUCAUGUAAAACACGGAAGCCAAUGUUUGAUGCGUCUGCACACCACCUUACUGGUUAUACAAGUGCAAUAGGUAGUUAUAUACAAAUAGAGAUGACUAGCUUUAGUUAAUGUAUAGUUAAAGGGGGAUAUCAAUCUCUGGUCUUUUACUUGUUUUAAGCGUUGUAAUUUUGUAACAACGGAAGCUUGUGGUUUGCAGAGGUCUCCAGAAAACUAAUAUCAUCACAUUCUUCCAUCU